AACGAGAUCAGGUACUAUCAACUACACACAAGUCAUAAGCUGAGACUUGUCAUGCAUAUUUGGGUAUGAAAGUCUUGGGUCUAAUUUUUUUUUUUUUUUUUUUUGGUUGUGCUCAUCAGUGAAAAGUCAAUUAACAACGCAGGAAAUACGAAAUGUAAUGAAAGAGUUGGAAGAGGGGAGAAAUGAGAGCUCGGUCUACUCUGGAGAGAGGGAGAACCGUUUGUUGUGGGAAGAGGUGGUUUCCCUCAGAAGAGCCCAGAGUCGUUUGGAGGCUGACCUGAAGCAUAUGCAGACCAAAAUAAAGGAAUUAUCGGAUGAAAACGCAUGUCCCAAGCAGAAAAUUGAUGAACUUUAUGAAGAAAAACUGGAACUAAAAAGCUCGACCAGUGAUGUGGACGGCGAAGCCGCUGUUGACCAUCCUGAAGAAACCGUGCGUCCUGCAAGAGCUAAAUCGUUACGCUUUCUCGUAAACUCCGUAGUUCUUUCACCUAAUCCGAUCGCAUUCUCCGUCCGACUGACACACAACAUCGCCAAUCCACUCGACAACGACAUAUUUCUCUUCGACUAUCUGGUUAUCAAUUCUGGAAAUGCCUACAACAAAAACAAUGGGAUGUUCACGGCACCACUCAAAGGGAUCUACGCUUUCUCCUCCUCCAUACUCACUUCGGCGGGCAAAUAUGAAGAAGUAAUGAUCGUGCGCAAUGUGGUUAAUUUCUGCAAUGUAUUCUCUGGCGACAUGGAUUUCUGGGGCCCUGGAUUCAACAUGGCUAUCACAGAGCUAGAAGUUGGAGACGCUGUUUGGGUCAAAGUUCACGGUCAAUUCCAUGCCACUGGUACCACAAUUAAUGGUGGCUGGACAACGUUUUCGGGAUUUUUAUUGUACGAGACUGAAUAAAAUUUCCGGAUUAAUUAAAUAAA